CAACAACAAAAACCGACUAGCCCAGGCAAGCAGAAACCCACUGUCUCCGCUUCCGCUCCCGACUCCUUUGUCUCGUCCUCAUCCAUCCAACCAGGCGAGCCAACAAGCAAGCAAAAGUAAACGGGGCGAGGAGCUGGAGAGACGCCGGCGACGCGAAGCAACCGCCCGAUCGGAGCCGCGGCUGAGCAGGAGGGAGCCGGAGAUGGUGGGUCUCGUCGGCGGCAGCACGGCGCGGGCGGAGCACGUCGUCGCCAACGCCGGAGGGGAGGCAGAGUACGUGCGCCGCAUGCACCGCCACGCGCCGACCGAGCACCAGUGCACCUCCACCCUCGUCAAGCACAUCAAGGCGCCCGUCCACCUCGUGUGGGAGCUGGUGCGGAGGUUCGACCAGCCGCAGCGGUACAAGCCGUUCGUCAGGAACUGCGUCGUGCGCGGGGACCAGCUCGAGGUCGGCAGCCUGCGCGACGUCAACGUCAAGACCGGCCUGCCGGCGACGACCAGCACCGAGCGCCUCGAGCAGCUCGACGACGACCUGCACAUACUCGGUGUCAAGUUCGUCGGCGGGGACCACCGCCUCCAGAACUACUCAUCCAUCAUAACUGUCCACCCCGAGAGCAUUGACGGGAGGCCGGGCACCCUGGUGAUCGAGUCGUUCGUGGUCGAUGUGCCUGAUGGCAACACGAAGGACGAGACAUGCUACUUCGUGGAGGCCGUGAUCAAGUGCAACCUCAAUUCUCUCGCAGAGGUAUCGGAGCAGCUAGCAGUGGAGUCACCUACGUCGCUGAUCGAUCAGUGAAGUCACCUGCGUCGCCCAUCGAUCAGUGACCACCGGUACAAAAAAAGACGUCAAUCAGCAACAAAUAAGAAGAAGCUUCGAAGGCUGGCUGGAGAGUUCAACCUUUUUGAGACCGGUGGUUUGGCCAUCGUCUUCUGCGUGUAAUGUCUCUUGGAAUAUGGAAGUAUUAGUCGUUGUGUAGGAUUAAACAUCUGUAGUAGCUUGUAUGCUAGGGAUGGUUGUUUAGCCUUAGAAACUGCACCUAGAUACCUCAUGGCAUGUAUGCAUACUGCUAGUAUGUGUAGAGAUCAGGGAAAGCAUGGAGCGGGUUUUGCCUCUU